AAUGUAUUCACAUGUCGACGUAUUGCCGAGGAAGGGGUGGGAUAUGUGUAGACAACGGCGUUACAAACUAACCCCAUGCAUUUCUAUGGAGGAUUGUUUGAGUGUUGUGUCUCCUCUUUAGAAAAUCUCUGGUUUUACAACUGUGUCCAGCGGCUGUGGCCAUAAGUGACGCGCAGUGGAAAAACGCCCACUCUGGUUUGGAGUCGCCCACAGUGUCAAUUGUGUUUUGCAGAGACGUGUGCAAACAGGGAGGGUCGUGUGCAUGACGACAUAAGUCUUCACGUAGGUCCUCUCGGAAACUAGAAAUUCUCACUGCUCUCCCGCCACUCAAUUAUUCUUCACCAAAAUCUGCUCAAAGAAGUUAAUUGAUAAUGUCUGGAAGAGGUAAAGGCGGUAAAGGUCUUGGAAAAGGAGGCGCCAAGCGUCAUCGCAAGGUUCUCCGCGAUAACAUCCAGGGGAUCACAAAGCCCGCUAUCCGCCGCCUGGCUCGCCGUGGUGGUGUGAAGCGUAUCUCUGGGCUCAUCUACGAGGAGACUCGUGGUGUGCUGAAGGUUUUCCUGGAGAACGUGAUCCGUGAUGCAGUCACCUACACCGAACACGCCAAAAGAAAGACCGUAACCGCCAUGGAUGUGGUCUACGCCCUGAAACGCCAGGGUCGUACUCUGUACGGUUUUGGCGGUUAAAAAUGUUACCGUUUCAAGAAAUGUAACGGCUCUUUUAAGAGCCACCCACAGUUUCCACUUAAAUAGCGUGCUUCCAAUGUUUGAAAUAAAGCUCGCACAUACGGGUAAAAA